UGAUUUAUCCCUACCCCACGAACAAAACUAAGCAAUAUUGGCCAUGGGGGAGCCCCGGCCUCCAAGUAAUCUUCCACAGGAGAUUUUAUUUUUCCAAAUACUACCAAGGCUUCCCGUCAAAGCUCUACCCAAUGUAAUGUGUGUUUGCAAGAAAUGGUACUUGUUCCUAAAUUCAGGUGCUUUUGCCACCAGCUACCACCACCACGUAACCGCCAACGAUCACCAUGAAAACCACCACAAAUAUAUCGUCAUACCUACCACAAACCGAUAUUCAUACACAUACACCAUACAAGAAAAGUUCCGUAGGUUUGACUGUGAAACACCAGAAGAUGGUUUAACAGGAAACCUUCGUUUACCAUUUUAUAUACCAUUCAAUUAUGAAAACGUGUCGAUUUUAACAUCUUUGCAUGGAUUAUUAUGCGUAGGCAUAAGCGAGGUGGAAUGUUCUCCCGAAUAUUAUGCUUUAAUUUUAUGGAAUCCUUUGACAGGUGACAAUAAGAAGUUGUCUACAAAGGGUUCUAGGAAUGAAUGUUACGAGAUCUCUGAUGGUAUAUUUGGGUUGUAUUAUAUCUCUUCUGAUGACGACUACAGGCUUCUAUGUGUGAAACGUUAUCCCAAUGCUUGUAUUUAUAUAUACUCAUUAAAAUCCGACACAUGGAGAAAGGUCAGGUCAACAGAGGACUUCCGACAAAGGGCUUCCAACUGGGCUUCACUUGUAAGUAAGUACCCGGAGCAGCCAAAGCAUAUACUGUUAAAUGAACAACUCUAUUUCUUAAAACAAGUUGAUAGAGGAAAAGGGGCCUUUAUUCAUUCAUAUUCAGUUAUGAGGUUCGAAACAAAGACCGAAAAGUUCACAGAGAUAGUGAUGCCUUCUUUUGGAAAUCAAAUGACAAGCUCUUUGGAUUUCAUGGUUCUAAAAGGGUGCAUUCACUUAUGUGUUGCUAUUCUCAUCGAGGAUAGAAGUUAUAUGGAAAACCAACGUUGUUAUGAAAUGAUCGAGUUAUGGAGGAUGGAUGGAGAUGGAGAUUGGACGAAGGUGUUAACUUAUGGCCCGAUGUCAUUUUUUCUUUGGAGUCGGUCGCUACUGCACUUGAUGAGAAAUGGAAAUUGGCUCAUUCAAAACGAAGGUGAUGUUUACGUAUUAGAUAUGAAGAAGCAUACCAAAGAAAUGGUGUUAACAUGUAACCCAAUCUAUACCCAGUAUAUGUCUAAAGAAGCAUACUACAGAAUGUGUUCCAAAAGUAUCACUCCAAGAGGGAAAUACAUCGAGACUUCUGUGUCACCCAAUAAAUAUUCUCUAUAUGAGGCAUAUGAAAGAGUCAUGAUUGAGAAGUAUGGGAACGAUGUCACUCAACAUCCGGAGGAAACUGUUGAGUUACGGGUGCAAAGUCAGGGAGGAAGAUCCUCAGAUCUUAAGUUCGCGAUAACAGGAACACCCUCUGGGGGUUGUGUCAUGUCCUCCAUUGAGUACAAAGAGUCACAAGAACAGGUACACUAA